UGCAUUUUUGCAGGGAGAAGUCCAUCGAGCGAGCAGGUUGUUGUGUUGAUGCAGUUGCCCAUAUCAACAGCGGCAUAGUUUACGCUCGACCAAAAUAUCCCUCAUCAAUGAAUGAACGGUGGUCGAGUAAUACACCACAACACCGCUACUCGCACGCUGCACCCGAACACGUUUUUACAAUCUAAACUUUCAAGAUACAUUCUUCCGAUUUAGAUCGGGGAAAAAAGUGUGAAAUAUGUCGUACUUUGGGAGGCAGUCUCCGAGCAAUGGACUGCCGAGGAUUUCGUCAGCGGGCCGGCCCGUUGAUCGCGGCCUGCUGCUUCUUGACGAGGAGAUCGAGAGGUUGAGGCAUAAUCGGUCCGCACCGCCCGUGGGAGCAACACACGGCGGCUACGCUCCAUCGCCUCCACAGUCCAAGAAAUUACUGCAAGAUAUGAACGACCAAGUGAAACUGAUGAAGAACGAAUUGGAGAAGAAAGAUAAACUAAUCCAAGAGUUGUCUAGGGCUGACCUUGGAACGCCAGUCCACAGAAAGCAUGUUUCAUUUGACGAAAAGCAUGAUGCAUUUUACACACGGGACUCCAUUUUGAAAUCCUCCGUGGACUCGAGCACUUUUGCAAAGCUGCAGCUGAGGAACGAACAGCUUGUUGAAGAAUUAAGAGACACUCAGAGCAAGGUCCUUGCCCGGGAGCUCCAAAUGAAGGAACUGAAGGCGGAGAUUGACAGGCUGAAUGAAGAGAACUCCAGCCAGUCCAACUUAAUGCUGUCGCUGCGGGCGCGCAUCGGCGACCUGCAGGAAUGCUCCAGCAGCACCGAGCAGAUCAAAGCCAGGGGCCAGUACACCAUCGAGGCCCUGCAGCAAGAGGCCAAGGAACAGCAGGCCAAAGUCUUGGAGCUGGAGGCGAGGGUGCGGAUGCUGCUGGGGGAGAGGGAGGAGGCGGAGCGAGGAGCCCAGGCCUGGGAGAGGAAGUACAACGAGGUGUUCCUGAACCUGCAAGGGGUGGUCAGCAGGGAGGAGAUGACGCCUGAGAAGGUCGUCAAGAAGGUGACGGGGCUUACCCAGGAGAAUCUGACAUUGCGAGGAAAAUUGUCGUCGCUGGAAGAGAGUCUGAACAGCAGCGAGUUGGAGUCCAAGGCCAGCCGGGAGACCAUCCAGCGUCUGGUGGCUGAGAUGAACCGGGACCAGAGGAACAACAUGGACACCAGCAACACGAUGGAGAAACUCAGACUGGAGAGGGAUGCAGCACUCCAGAUCCGCAAUGAGCUGGAACGCGAGAACGCCCUGCUCAAGGGGCGUGUCGACGCCAGUCAGCAGGCCUGGAGCAGCCACCGACAGGAGCUGGACCACCACGAGAGCAGGAUGUCCACCCUGGGCAAGGAGACCAAGACCCUGCGGCACGAAGCCGAGGUGGCCAAGGCAGAGCUGAGGGGCUUCAAGGAGUCGCUGGCCCUGCUACUGUCGCGGGAGGGCAGCCGGUGCGAUGCUCGGGAGGAGGCCAUCAAGGAACGGGUCAAGCAUCUGCAGGUGGACAGCAGAGAAUACUCAACGCAUGUUGACCUGCUGGAGACCAAGAUCAAGAACCUGACCGAGCAGCUGGACAGCCAGGCCAACCUGCACCAGGCGACCAUCAAGCGGGCCAAGGAGGCACAGGAGGAUUUUGGGGAUCAGAAGGCUCGCCUCAGGCAGCUGGAGAGCAGCCUGUCUGCCGACGGGGUCCUGCUGGAGAAUCUGCGCGGGGAGAGACUGAAGUACAUGGCAUUCCUGGAGUCACUUGCCUCUGUGCUGAAACUGGACACCAUCGCCCUGGACCUGGGCUUUGACCUGAACGGGGAUGCCAUCAUGGCCCGCGCCAAGCAGCUCAUGCGCAACGAGGGCGACACUCUCGCUGACAAGACCACCCACGUCUACUCCCUGCAGCGCAAGCUCAAGGCCAACAAGGAGCAGCUGGAGAGCAAGGAUUUGCACUUGGACCUGCUGCGCAAGAAGAUCACCCAGUUGGAGGAGGCCAUGGCUGGACGCUCCUCACUUCAGAAGGAGCGGGAUGAUACCGAGAUGGGCCGACGCAAGCUGAUCAAGGAGGUUGACAGACUGAAAGGAGAGCUGAGCUUGGCCAAGAGGCUGAUCAUCGACAUGAAGGCACAGAUGCUGGACGUCAGCAAUCUGAAGUUGACGUCCAUGCAUCAGUACAACAGUAUCUCAGAGCUUGAGGAAGCCCUGCAAAAGCUGGAGAAGACCAAAGAGAAGCAGGCACGCAAGAUCGCCGGCAUGAAGCAAGAGCUGGAGUUCACAGAGCACGAGGCCAACCAGCUGCACAACCGGGCCGAGCAGUCGGUCAAAGCCCUGAGCGAGGACCUGCAGGCCACCAAGGCUCUGCUUCAGGAGGUCCAGCGGCGGGAACGGCAGCUGGUGGACUUCAGGCAGGUCAUCGCCCGCAUGCUCGGCAUGGACGUCACCACGCUGGCCGUGCCCGACUAUGAGAUCAUCUCCAGGCUGGAGAAGCUGAUACAGGCGCACCACUCCCACGCCAUCACAGCGUUCGGGCUGGACGAGAGCCUGCAGAACAUGGAGAAGGGAUUCCGGCAGGGAUACGAGGAGGCCACGACGCUGAUUGGCGGGCACUCGCGCCGUCCGCGGCCCAGGUCGGUCUCUCCGACACGACGCAGGAAGCACCACGCUGAAGUGUACUAAAUCUGGGGCUUUAAGUUUUCAACUCCUUGACUUCAUCUCAAUUUCUUGCUUUAGGUUUGGUUUGGGCAUUCCAUGCUUCUAUUUGUUUUUGUUUUUUCCAGAGGUAUGACCAGAAGCGGAGAUGAAUUUGAGGUUCAAAAUUGGGCCAAGACUACUCUGACUUUAAAGUUACUGAAAUAUAAAGUAAAUGUCAAGAAUAGCUGCCGAACAAAAAAAAAUGUUAAUGUUGUCGCUGAUGAUGUAAAUGAAUUGUUUGUGAGCCUAGACUUGUGACUUGUCAGAUACAUUUAUAGUGAUAACAUAAAUCAUCCACUUACGUGGUCUAAUUUUUUAGAUUGCACCCUUUUUAAAGUCAAUUUCAGUACAUCAAAUACAGGGUAAGUCUUUUUUUUCUUCAAAGAAAAAUUAGGUUGAAUCUAGAUUUUUUGUUGUUUUACUUCAAUCUAUUUUGUCAACUUCAUUAACCUUUGAUAGUGGUAUUUGAAAACAUUUUCAUAGUUUAAGUAGCUUAAAUAAAAAAUUAACAAAGGGAGAAUACAAUCCAGUUGGGAAAUUUGCAAGCUACUGUGUUAACGUAUACUAUAAUUCAAAUAUUUGUGUUACAGCAAAAACAACGAACUCAGUAACUCUUAAAACCAGAAGUUAGUGGAGUGUCAUGGCCGAGCGUUUAAGAGCACCGGACUCAAACUCUGGUGUUUGUAAUCAGCAGAGUGUGGGUUCGAGUCCCGGUCUUGACACUUGUGUCCUUAAGCAAGACACUUGACCAUUAUUGCUUCGUCCUUCAGAUGGAACGUAAAGCCGUAGGUCCCAUGUGUUGAAUAAUGCAGGUAAAAUAAACCAGUAACAAAAAAAAUUGCUAAGAGAAGGGGUUUGCCUGCGUUUAUCUUCAGCUAUGAAGUCUGCACUUGUAAGGAAGAAGAAGUUUGAAAACUACUGCAAUUUUUUAUUUAAAUGUACAUGUAUUCAAGUUAGAGCAUCAGACAAGAAAGGACGUACAAUCAGCGCUGGAAAAAAUACUAUUCUGUACAUUGUAAAAUACCGUUUUAUCGACUCUACAUUCCUAAGAAUUAUUUUUAAAAUCUUUUUAGAACUAGAACGUUUUCGUUUUAAAACAAUCAUGUAUAAAACUAGUCUGUAAAUUAAGCUGAAUGUGCAAAAAUAUAUUAUUAUUAAAAACUAAAAAUAUUUUUUCGUAGACAGUUAUUGUGUCUUUUGUGUACGUAGUACACCAGGUAUGAAUGUUGAAAAGAAUUUUUGACUUGUAAAAUGUGAGUGUGACAAUUGUUGGUAGCUACAAACCCCAAUAACUCAGGACUUUCUACUUUUCGCUUUAAAAAAGAAAUUAAAUCUAGUGUAUUCUAUAAAACGAGAGUUGUAUUAUAACAACGUAAAAACAACUUUUCGUUUGAAGUGGCACUCCACCAUCCGAGUUUGAAAAUCAGCCUGGCAUUUUUAACUUGUGGUUUGGUAAAAAGUUGAUCAAAACAGAUGAAGUUAUUCUUCAGAUUAAAUAGACACCCAUUUUGAUGAACAUUUAUGUGCUUAAUACUUGUACAUAAAACUGUUGGUAGGUAGCAGGACAGGUCAAUAUUAAAAUGAUGAGCCAAAAUUAUGCAGACUUAA